UAGAAAUUACCCCCUUUAUUGAAAAAUCACAUGGCUUGUGUUGUCUUUGAAAUUACGUCAUGGACUCAGUCACAUGUUUUCGCUCGCCUUUACCCCUCUCGUGGGUUCGAUAAUUGCACAAUUCUACAGCUCAUUAAGCUAGCUUAAUCGCAAGUUUCUCCAUAUCUGAGGGAUUAGCGUCGAACAAAGAAUCCAACAUGGCUGAGCGUGAAAAAGAAUUUACGACCUCGAUUCAGUCCAACGAAAUGGUACCGAACGACAGAGUUGGUAGAACAAUUCUUGCCACUUUUAUUGCAGCUCUUGGCCCGUUGUCGUUUGGAUACUGUCUGGCAUACUCAUCGUCUGCUUUGGAAGAUUUAGUGGACCACGGCGGUAGUGCUUCUGCUUUUAAAUUAACCAGCGGUCAAGGAUCAUGGUUUUCUUCCCUGGUCACAAUUGGAGCCAUUUUCGGAAGUCCCUUGGGUGGAUGGGCAAUCGAUAAGUUUGGUCGUAAGAGUACUAUCAUGUUGUGCGUCAUACCGUUUGUUCUGGGAUGGUUGCUCAUCAGCUUUGCUCAUAAUGUCGCCAUGCUCUACACUGGUCGGAUUAUCACAGGAAUGGGUUGUGGUGUAAUCUCACUUGCUGUUCCAGUCUACAUUGCUGAGAUUGCACCUGCACGGUUGCGUGGAACACUUGGCUCUGUCAACCAACUUGCAGUUACACUGGGUCUUUUAACUGCCUAUGCAGUAGGUGUGAAGUGUCACUGGAAAUGGUUGGCUAUUACUGGUGCAGUUCCACCAACAAUUCUCAUCAUUCUGAUGUUUACCAUGCCAGAGACUCCUCGUUGGUGUCUUGCCAAGAACAAAAGAAAAGAAGCACUGGAUUCUUUGCGGUGGUUUCGAGGCCCUAGUGCUGACAUUGAAAAUGAAUGUUUCAUCAUUGAAUCAACUUUAGAGCGGCAAGAGACGUUAAAGUUGCAAGACUGGCUGUCACCUGUGAUAGCAAAACCUUUGAUAAUUAGUCUUGGGUUAAUGGUGUUUCAACAAUUUUGUGGAGUCAAUGCAGUUCUCUUUAAUGCUGCCCACAUCUUUGCAGUGGCAGGAUUUAAAGAUGGAAAGCUUGUCUCCAUUGCUGUAGGCUUGGUGCAGUUUGUUGGUACAGCUUUAGCAUGUUUAAUUAUGGACAAAGCAGGGCGGCGUAUCCUUCUCUUAACAACAGCAAUUGGAAUGUGUGUGUCUCUGGCAGCACUUGGUGUAUAUUUUGAGAUCUACAUCCCUCCAGAAGGUGAAGGCUCAGCAAGUGAAACAGUUUCCUUGCUUGGUUCAAUCAGUCACUCUGUUCCAGCCAAGAAGAUUUCCUGGUUAUCUAUUUUGUGUAUUGUUCUGUUCAACUUGAUGUUUGCCCUAGCAUGGGGGCCUGUUCCAUGGCUUGUGAUGUCAGAAAUAUUUCCCCUGCGAGCGCGUGGUCCAGCCAGCAGCUUUGCGACUAUGGCCAACUGGACAUUGGCAUUUGUUGUUACAAAAACAUUCCAGUCUAUGGUUGUUGCUCUCUCCAACCAAGGUGUAUACUGGUUUUAUGCAGGAUUCUGUUUUGUUUCAUUCAUUUUUGUUUUUCUUCUGAUGCCGGAGACAAAGGGUAAAACAUUGGAAGAAAUAGAAGCUAUGUUUGACAAGAAAAAUUCAGAAUAUGAACGGCUUCACUAACAAGUCAAGACAUGGAACAGCUGUAAUAUUCUUCAAACCCUCAUAAUGUGAUUUGUUUUUUCUUCUUUCUAGCUGUCAUUGAUUCCUUGUUCCUAGGGGGAAAAAAGAAACAUUUUUUUAUGAUUUAUUAUCCAACACACCAAAUUGUUUUUUCAGUGCUGGCGAUUUUCAUGGAUGACAGUGCAUGACAGAAGUAUAUAAAUAUUUUCUUCGAUAAAUGAUGAAAUUUCAUGCCAUCUUACUGCUUUUCUUUGUUCGAUUUAUGUGAUAAACUUGGAUCAAUAUUCAUGAGCCAUUUUGACUCCUUGUUGUCACAAAAUUAAUCAAAACUGUCUUCCAGUUUUUUUAUAACAUAAAUUCAAUUCAUCACUUGCGUGAUGCGUGAAAACCCGACUAACUGGUUGUCUGGAGUACAAAUACUAUGUGUGAUAUUUGUACUCGUCUCAGGCAUUGUUUGUACUCUAUGGAGUGUAGUUGGAUAAUAAAUAUGCAUAUUGAUGUUAGGGUGCAAAGGGUGUUAAGUCUUGUCAAAACACUCUAAAUAAGCCAAAAGUUUUCUUGAAACCUCUAAAUAACAGGCAAUUUAUCUAUCUGGGCUUACAUGCAGCUGAAUGAUGUAUAACAAAUAAUAAAUGUACCAUAAAUAAUUAUAAUAAUUUAUUAUAUUAUAAUAAAUUUAUUUAUUAUUAUUUUUAUAAUCUUUCAUACUUUACACCAAGCAGAUGAAUGAUGUAUUGAAUUUGAAUUUAUUUCAUUAUUAUUUGAGGGUAAAGGUUCAAAAUAGUUUAACAUUACAAUAGACAUAUUGUUCCUUCUUCAUACUAUUUGAGGAAGAAUCAAAGACAUAAAAAUCAAAUGACAGAAGAAAUGCCCAAUUUGGUCCUUUUGAAGCGUUACCCAUGGAAAGACUUAAUUUUGGCAUUUCUGCUCAUCUUCUCCUUGACUGCAUUCUGGUUUGGUUUUAUUGUUAGUGGAAAAAAUUUACUUGCUGUUUGUAAUAGAUGCUUUGAGGAAUAUUUUUGCAACAUCAAUAAUGUAAUAAUUGAUCUCUGUUCAGGGCAAUUACUGGUGAUAGAUACACCUAUGUUCUAGGUCAGUGAGGGGCCCCUGUGAAUAUUUUGCUAUUAAAUUAUAAGAAGAGAGCAUAUUAUCAUUAUUUUUAUUACUAUUAUGUCACAGAAAAAUCAACUGAAUGCUACAUUCUAAUCAGGCAGC